AUGCAAGAAAUUGGUAGAGCUGGAAGGCGUGGGCAAAACUCAACUGCAACAUUGUAUUACAAUAAUGCAGAUAUUGCUGUUAAUAAAAAUAAUGUUGACGAUAGCAUGAAGUGCUUCUGCAAAACAGAUCUGUGCUUAAGGAAAUUUAUUCUAAAUUUCUUUGGUUUUAAAAAAUAUGAACAAGAUAAUUGUUGCUCAAAUUGUACAAAGUCUAAUUUGCUGAUAAAAGAAACAACAUUACCUUGCCGUGAUUUAGUAUCAGAAGAUGCUUUUAAAUGCUUACAAACUGAGCUGAAAGAAAUUAUUGAAACUUGGAGACUUUCGCUAUUGACUACCCUUGAUCAAACUUAUGAACUUCCAUCUAUCAAUAAAAAUUUGGUUCAAACACUAUUGAGUAAACUUCCAUUUAUAAGAUCUAAAAAUGAUCUGUUAUUUGAAUAUGAUGUUUGGGAUGAUCAAUAUGCUACCACCAUAUACGAUAAAAUAAAUAAGUAUGCCCCAAAGCAUAAAUAA